CCAUCAGAGGAGGAAAUACAAUCAUGAAUCGCCAUUCACAGUUGCUCGUGGCUCUCUCAGUCACUCCCCGUCUUGCUCUUGCUCUUGCUCUUGCUCUGUAUCACACACUUGUUACUUUUGGUACAGAGGCGUCAGUGCGUGGAUGUGAAAGACAUGCAGGAGUGUUAGCUUUGUUACUGUACAGAACGCUCACAAUGCACGUGAGACAUGACCAACAAGGCGCCCUGGGAUAACUCAAGCAGUCUGUGCAGCAUGGAGUUAACAGCCGGCUGCUCUCCCACAGUUCCCGAGCCUGAGCUGUACCGCAGCAUCCAGGCUGUACUGCCCAAGGAAACAGACAACCGAGAGACGCCUGACUGUUACAACAAAGGCAUGCUGAGAUGGACGCUUCAUAAGAAGGUUCGAAACAAUCCUGCCAACAGCUUAUCUCUAGUGUGGGUGCUGAUAAAGGAGUUAGAGAAGGCUGAAAGAUGGGACAGCCGCAGAUACAUCAUCCCUCUACUCCACACACUCAUGUAUGCCAUUGUGCAGACGGCCUACAUUCCAGAUGAGCUGUACAAGCGGGUGUAUGACUUUUCUAAAAGACUCCUUACUUACCCUCAUCCAUACUGCACUGUUGGCCUCAGCUACACAAGACAGAUAAAAGUUGAACGCUCCAUUCCAGGUCUCAUGUACCAGAGGAUGGUAGUAGCAGAGCAGAGACUGAAAAAUGAGCACUAUCCCUUUCAGGAAAGGGUCUUUAUAUUGGCAGACCCAGCGGUUUUCUCUGGUGCCCUGGGACAGGUUGUGUUUGAUGCUGUUGAGGCAUCGGCUUCAGCAUCAGGUGGAUUCCCAUCUCCAUCAGAUCACAUGCGCAGUGUCGUUCAACACUCCAUACAGGCUGCUUUAGGAGCAGAGCAGUGCCAUGGCCUGAAGCUGGCUCAAGCCCUGAAGGACAUGGGCCAAGACGUUGAGCCGUACUUUCAGGAAGUGUUGGCGACUUUAGAGCAGAGCAUGGAGGGAGGCAGCAAAGGAGAGGGGGGAAUGCUAAGAAGUCGCCUUCAGCAGCUGUACAGUGAGAUUGUCACUGAUAAAUUUGUAGAGCCAUUGUCCUGCGGACCAUUGUGUGACUGCCCUCUUCCCAACCCUGAGAUGAGCUUCUACAUGUGGACAGAGGAUCUGGAUAUCUGGCGAGAACUGGCCAAGUGGUUUCGAUCCAGCUCCGUGUCGGAUCCAUUUUCCCUCUGCCAGGAGCAGGAGGACUUCGAACUGGGGGAGUCGCCCAGUGAGCCGCCCUCUGACAAGACUCGCUUCUCUGUCAUGUCCAAUGACAGUGGCAUUGAAAGAGACCUUCCCCCCUGUGCCGAUCCCUCUGCAUCCUUGUGUUUAGACGUUCCCACAUCAUGUACAUCAUGGGACCAAGGGAAAAGUGAACAAGAAUCAGGUAAACUCUCACGACGAGGAUGCAUCAAGAUGAAACCCACAGUAAAGGACAGUAUGGUCCUGAUGCAGGACACCUUAGAGGACCACGCAAGUCAUGGAGGGGGGGGUGGGGGUGGAGGGAGAGGAGGAAGAAGAGGAACCACUCUACAAAGGCGAGCAGGGAACAGCGCGAUGCAGAACCCCUUUCCAAAGCAGCAGAGAUACUUCACAGCCAGGAUAGUUGCCAUGGGUGAUGACAGAGUACUGGGACGCCUGGCUCAGACCUACUACUUCUUCAGGAAAAGGGAAGCACGGAGGAUUUUUCUUACAAUGAAAGUCAACCUCCAAUUUUAUUACAUCCCUGUUUGCACAGCUCCAACUCACACCUCUCCUGUCAAGGAAAUCUUCAGUCAGUUGAAGGGGAGUCCCUGCACUCUCGGUUCUUACUUGAGCAUGGUGGAUCCAUGGUACAACUGUAACAUCAAGAAUUUAGGAUGCACAAUUGCCAAACUGGCUGAGAUGCAACAGGUGAACCCAGGAAGGCCAAAAGAUCCCUUCAUAUCUGACGUCAUUUCCUACUACGUUCGCACCGGUCAGCAGCCUGUCUACUUCACCAUCUACUUUGUAAAGUUGACCUUCACCAGCUUGACCAAGGAUCCUGUAGAAGAUGUGUUUCUUACUCAUCUAGACCUGGAGUUUCCUGAGUUCAAACAGAUCUCAGCAUCAGUCAGAGAAAAACAGAGGAGGAGCUCAAGUGAGGUGUGUGGAGCUGUUGUCUCAAUAACAUACAAUAAGGUGACGCUAAGUGGCCGUGACGUUGGAAAGGGAAUGUCAAUCAGGACGUCGGGUGCACAGAUCAGUGCUAUCCCCUCCAGUGAAGCAGAAGAUCUGAACUGUUUGACACUGAGUUUUAACGAACCUCCAACAAAAACUAAAAACCAUACAGCGGAGUCAAAGAUUCGGAUGAGCGACAUUAAUAUUCGCUCACUGGAAAACCGAUCAUUCACUGUUACACUGGACAGAGAUUGCCGUAGGACCUUCAAAGACGUGCAGAGCAUUGAAAUCUUCCCAUGUCUCGAUCCUGGUUACUGCGUCCAGAAAACCAUGAGGUCCAAAUUCAGCUUGGGAGAGGAGAAAGAUGCUGGACUCAGCAAGUACAUGAGCAAAGGACUUCCCCUACCAAUCAACACUUUUGCUGGUAUAAUCAACUGACCUCUGUCCCACGCGAUGGAGUAUCCCCUCAGACAUACACGGGACCAUCCACCCUGGGGUUUUCACACAUAAUGGAAACAGCGGCUUCUACUGUUUCAACGAGUCUGACACAUGAAAAGACAGAAAACUGAGCUGCUCCUGAAACCAACGUGUUUCAGACUGACUGGCACGUACUGUAAAGACUGUAAACUGUAAACAGAAAGAUGCUAAAUCAAAAGAAACGUGACACCAGCUGAUGGAUUUACCUGUUUUUUUACUGUAAUAUGAACAGAGGUUUAUGACUUUCUCACAGUAUCUGCCGUGCAUGACUCUACCACUGUGCAUAUUUUAAAACAGUCAGCACAGUAUAUGCAGCUGGUCAGAGCAAGAGCUGAUGCACAUAGAAAUGACAGAACAACAGAUACUGGAUCAGUGAAUGUCACAGAAUGUCAUAUGACUGUGACACAAUCAGCACUUUGGUUUGUCGGGUUGAAAUGUUUUUUUGUAGCAGUAUUUCUACAUCAUAGAUACACUAACUUUUACCCUUAGAAUUGCUUCCUUACACACACACACACACACACACCUGGUUUCAGAAUCAGUCUGUCAGAUAUUGAAGAUUGUUGAAAGGCUGGUACGAUGAGAGCUGACCAUUCACUGUCUUCAUUUCUCUUUGUGUUACUCAAAUGUUUCAUAUUACUUGCUCUUCCAGGAACAGCCUAUUACACAGUAUGAAGAUUGCAGAUGAUUGACAUUAAUCCUGGAUUUAGAGAUUUGAAAGUUUCUAGAAAUACACUAUAUAAGUAGAGAAGCUAAAGCUAUUUCCAGUGUCAGAAAUGACUACAGAACACAGUCUGAGAUGCAUGCACAAGCUGAACUAUUGUUGUAGACUGCUGCCUGUCUCUGUAAAGGUAUUAGAAACAAGCCAGAGACGAGGCUCUUGUGCAGUUUGCAAGAUGAAGAUCAAACUUGGGGAAACUUGAAAGUGAAACUUGCACACGUGCCAGUAACUGUCUCAGAUUUAACCUGUUAGUUCUGAGGUGUAAAGUUAUCAUCAGUCCCCCCCCCCCAUCUGCUGUGGUGGGUUUCCUGAAACUAAUGUGUUCUGAGAUGCGUCUAAAAUUGCAGGUGUAAUUUGCUUGUGUUAGUGGAACGCCAUCUGAGCAGCUGCUUGUAAAGCAUGUAAUAUGAAAUGACAUGUGUCUACUUAUGUAAUUCUGUUAUUAAUGUAUAUAUUAUGAACAUGAAUGAAUGAAUGAAACAAAGUCAUGCUACAGUAUGAUAUGUUCUAUAUGGGUGCUUCUAUGAAACUGGUCCCUAAAAACAGGAUAGAGGGGCUAAAAAUUCACACCAGAUGUAGACUGUUAUGAAGCAAGUUUGGAAGCACUUUGGGUUAUUUAAAAAAUAAAUAUUA